GCACGGUGUAUCUGUGCCGCUCGGCGUCGAGCGAAACCAGCGGAGCGCGUUGACGUAAAGGCGUCUGCUACUGCGUGAGGAACCCGCGUUCCGGGCCUGCCGCUACGUAGGGCUGUGGGAGCCGAGCGCCAGAACACCCCAAUGCCGACUCCGGAGGCGUCGAUGAGACGCGGCGCCGGGUCACAGCGGUCUCUACACUGCAACCGGUUUGACUUGCACGGCGGACUUUGCGUUCUCGUCCAAGCAGGCCCAUGGGACGAGCGGGGUUCAUUCAGUGCGCGUACGCGCGCCCUACGGCGCCGGGGUUAGUCGUCUCCAGUGUCGCUGCAGCCUCCCGUUCCGAUCCUCGUAGCCCGGGCCUCCUGCUGCUCUUGCAUCGAUCGUUCAAAUAGGUGGCGGUAAGCGGAGAGACGCGCGCGCUAAAAUCCCUAUUUCUCUCCGCGCGUGAGGCAUCAGCGCUGAGCUUCGCGCGCCCACACGCUCGUUUCACACCGCAGUGUAACCAACAACGUAUCCUCUCCGGCCACUUUGUUCCAGGCGCAGCCCAGAUCCGAUGGAGGCGAGCUCGGGAAACCGCGCGGCGUCUCUCCGUGAUCGAUUCGUUCAGCGCUGCUGCCCGAACACGUCUGACACGAAGGCCAAGGAACAUCUCGCAUUGCCGGAUACAACGGGCGCGGCAGAUCUGAGAACUCGGCUUUUGUGAAAGGCGAGUGAAGACCAACGAAGGAAAGUGUAUCUUUGUGCUUCAAGUUGGUGGUGCGGUGUUUCCUUUCCCCCCGUGUACGGCUAUUCCGGCGCCUGUGAUUCUGUCAUGACAGCUCGGCGUUGCGUCCCAGCGUUUGUCGUCAGCUGCUGUGUCGUGCUCGCGGCUCUCGUGUUCGUGCCUCGCGCCGAAGCCGCAGAAGUGUUCCGCGACUGUGGAGGCGUGCUGCACGGACCGAGGGGCGUCAUAAGCACUCCGGGUUUUCCGCGCCCUUACCCGGUGCCCAUCGCGUGCCGAUGGGUGCUCGAGGCGGCACCAAGGCAGCGAGUGGCGCUCUAUUUGACGCAGUUCUACAUGCGCGAAGGUGUGACCGUGUCGGAGUACUUGUUCUACUCGGACGAGCAGCUCAACAUGGGCGGAACGCUGAUCGGUUCCAUCACGUCCGAGUCAGAGCCCACGCAUGUGCUGAGCAACAAGCCCGUCAUGGUCAUCGACUUUCAGGUUCGCGAACCGGGCAACAUCCACCACCGGGUGCUGGACCUGUUCCUGGACGUGUACGGCUUCAACCUGACGUACGAGAUGCUCGAGGCCAACGAGAGCAUGCGCGCCGACCCCUGCCUCGAGCACCACUGCUCCUUCACGGGCGUGUGCCUGGCCGCAGCCGACUGGAGCCGCUACGGCUGCGCCUGCCUCGGCGACUUCUACGGCGACGAGUGCCAGUUCUCGCCACGCUGCGGCCCCGACAGCGCCGCCCGAUCGUCCUCCUCCCUGUGCUACAAUGGCGGCACGUGCCGGUAUUACAUAGGAAGCAAGACUCAGACAUGCAUCUGUCCUCCUGAAUACAAGGGCAGUCGAUGUGAAUACCUGGCACGCCCAGAACAAGUUUUAGACUGUAACCAGCUGAACUGCACCCAGCACUGCACUGAAGCUGGGCCACAGCCCCACUGCGAGUGCAAUCCUGGCUUUAGAUUAGAUGAUGAUGGCCGCACCUGUUCUCCUGCAAGUCGCACCCGUUUUCUCGUUCAAGUUAAACUUUACGACCGCAAUGUUGACCUGGCCAGGUUGGAUUCUAAGAGCCGUUCGCACCUACAGGCAGGCCUGGAAGAUGCGUUGAAGUCGCUGUUUGCCAGCCACACCAAGGCAUUCGACAACUUGGCCGUGCUGCAGUUUAUGCAGAAUGCUGUGGUUCAGUUCCACCUGUUUGGUCGUCAAGAAGAGCGAUCCACCGUCGAGGCGGUUCUUGAGGAAGCACUCAAGGGAGGCAAGCUUGGUCCCUUUGCCGUCGACCGGGAGUUUCUGCAGAUAAGCCAAGAGCCAGCAAUGCACAUAGAGAUGAUGCAAGUAUCACCGCGCACACCCCGCGUGGGGGAGGAACUGAUGGUCGCGUGCAUGGCAGUGGGCUCGAGCGCACUGUCCGUGCACUGGUUCAAGGACGGCUUCCCCGUGGAUCCCGACGUUCCCUUCCGUUCCCUGUGGACCUCUCGCGUUGCCAAGAACCAGCGAGACCAGUACACCUUGCUUCUGGGCAUCGAUCGCGCCACCACCCUCGACAGCGGCGUCUUUACGUGCCAGGUCAGCGACUGGGGAGCAGUGCAGAACAAGAGCAUGCGGGUGCGCCUGGACGUGGCGCCACGACCGCUGGUGUCGCCGCUGGCGGUGACACUCCUCGAGGGCCAGCCGCUCGAGCUGAGCUGUCUGUCCCCCCACGCGGGGGGCAUGGGUCCCUUGGGUUUCCGGUGGCUGCGCAACGAGCGCCUCCUGCCGCCCCGAAGCCCAGAGCUUACCGAGGACCUCUACCCGGCCGGCUCGCGUCUCGUCUUGGCCGAGGCCAGGUCCUCGGCCACUUACACCUGCGUGGCGACAGGCCCCUUGGGUUCGGGUCGCGCCGACGCGUUCGUCACGGUGCUCGCUCCACAUGUGUCUACGGAAGUGUGUCCAGCAGAGGAGUCGCACGGUGUCCAGUGGCAGCGCACAGCAGCCCACUCGCGGGAUGUCCAGGCAUGUCCACAGCCGAUGUAUGUGGAGGGCCGGCUGGAGCGCCCCUGUCGACUCUCGCUCGACCGUCAGGCCCUGUGGGGGAGCCCGGAUUUCUCAGGGUGCACCGAUGCGAGGCUGGCACAACUCCAGUGGAAGCUGGAGAGCAUGCGCAUGGGCUACCUGGUCUCGUCGGGGCAGCAGCUGUCCCUGGAGCUGCGCCAGUACCUUCAGGGGCGGCCGCUUCAGCCUGGCGAGGGGCGCCCCCUGGUGAGGUUCCUCGGAGGGCUUGUUGACUACCUGAGCCACCCAGUACUACGACACGGAGGACAACCUGCACUGGCUGCGACUGACGCCAUCUGGGACGUUGCUUCGCAUUUGUUGGCUCACAAGCCACUGCUGUUGCAAGAUCACACGGUUAUAGAGCAACUUCAAAGGCAGAUAUUGCACUUUGGGCUCCUGGCAGCAGCAGCACUCAGCCCUGGUCGCUUCAAGAAUUUCGACCGACCUGCUGUGGUGGUAUCCCUCGGACGAAUAACGCGGCAUUCUCCGGACGCGGCAGUGGUUCGCGUUCCCCUGCCUGGUGCUGCAACCUCUGCUUGGGCUGGGAACUCCCUGGAGCUCAGUAUGAAGCACGAAAUCCAAGGUGACCACAAGGAGAUUCUGGUUGCGGUGGCUCUGUUCAAAACACUCAACGAGCUGCUGCCCGAGCGUUUCCUCGCACAACAAGGGAACCUUGAGGAAAGGUCUCACGAACUUCAUUCGCACCUCAUCAGCGUAGCCUUCAGUAGCAACGAAGGAGUCGGCAUUCGAGUCCAGUUGGUGCACAUCAGACCGCUGGCUGACCAAGAGGUUGUCUGCGGCAUUGCCGACCUUUCACACAGCAGGGUCCACUUCCUGCUUGAUGGGUGCCACGCCGAGACACCAGGGCACAACAGGAGCUACACCUGGUGUACGUGCGACCGGCCAGGCAUGUACGCACUGCUGGUUGGAGAAGAACCGAAGGCUGAAAUGCUGGAAGGACAGGUGACCGAUGUGGUGGCUGGCUUAGGCUGUGGUGUAUGCCUGGUGCUGGUGCUGCUCACCCUCGCCGUGGUUCUGGUUCGGUGCUGCCGUCGACUGCGCAGCCAGGGCUCUUGCUGCGGCCUGGACACGCUGCACGCCCAGGUGUGCCUGGCCCUGUGUGGUGCAUGCGUGGCUUUGCUCCAGGGCGUGCAAGGAAGGCUGUCCCCCAGGGCAUACCCUUACAUCAUCUCCAUCCUGCAACUCUGCCUGUUGGCGGCCUGCUGCCUGCAGCUCUGCGUCGCGCUCGUGCUGUACGUGCAGCUCGUGGACGCCCGCACGGUGCACCACGCUGCGUUCAAGGUUGCCGCCCUGGGCUGGGCUGUGCCAGUGAUUGUGGUGGGUGCCAACCUGGCUGCCCAGGUGCUGGAAGGUUUUCGCCUCGAGAGCUGGUGGCUGACACUGCGCACGCCUUCGGGACACUUGUCAAACUACUUCUGCGCCUACGUGGCCUCCCUCGCCAUCAUCACAGCUCUUCAUUUUCUGCUCUUCCUGACCGUGCGAGGAGAGCUGCGGCGUCAGCGGCUCAUGGGCAUUUCCAAGAAGCAGGCUUCCAGUAGCCGGUCCAGCGUGCUGGUGGGAUCCAUGCUUGUGCUGGUGGCACUGCUGAUGGUGUCACUGACGAGCAUCUUGUACGUCAACAUGGAGGGCUCCCGCCUGCGCUCCUACGUGCUUGCCACCACCCUGGGCCUUCUGGGCCUGCUGGUGUUCUUCCUGUACGUGGUGGCAGCUAGGGAAAAGCAGCCACCCUCACCGAGCCUGGCAACCAGGAGUAACACCACUAAAGGCAUGUUCUUUUACUUUUGCUGCAUCCUUCAACCCUGCAAUUCCCACAGACUCGAUGAAUUUGGUGAAUGCACACAGUUUUACACAGGCAUAGGAAUGAAGAAACACGUCUAA